UCACCAUCUAUGACCCUUCGCUUCCCAUUUCCCCUUAUCCUUUCCUUUUUCUUCAACUCAAAUUCCAUCUUCUUCAAAACAAAAACCAAAUCAAACCUUCCUAAAAAUGGCGACAACUCUUUCAGCAACUACGACACUCACUCUACGCUCUCACCCUUCCCCCUCAAACUCCUCUUUUCCCCCUUCUCACCCCAAACAAUUCCUCAAAUUCCCUUCCUACCCCCACCGCACCUCUCACCUCCGUCCUCUUGCCGCCGUCCAAGCCCCAGAAAAGAUCGAAAAACUCGGCGCCGAGAUUUCUUCCUUGACUCUCGAGGAAGCACGUAUUCUGGUGGACUACCUUCAGGAUAAGCUCGGUGUCUCUGCUGCAGCUUUUGCUCCCGCUGCCGUUGCCGUGGCACCGGCGGCCAGCGGUCCAGGAGACGGGCCGGCUGCUGUGGAGGAGAAGACGGAGUUUGAUGUUGUCAUUGAGGAUGUCCCGAGCAAUGCGAGAAUUGCUGUGAUCAAAGCUGUGCGAGCGCUAACGAGCUUGGCGUUGAAAGAAGCGAAAGAUUUGAUUGAAGGGUUACCGAAGAAGUUUAAAGAAGGAGUGUCAAAAGACGAAGCUGAAGAGGCUAAGAAACAGCUUGAAGAAGCUGGAGCGAAGGUUGCAAUCGUCUAGGCUCUAGAGAGAGAACCUUACAUUGAUUUCGUCUACUUCUAGGGGGAAUUUUCAGUUUUCACUGUAAAAUUCUACGUGGGUUAUCGAUUGUUUCUCAUGGUUUUUAGCCAAUACUUAUUGUGGUCACUUCAAAAGCUCUUAUUGUGUUUAUUAAAUUGCUUGCCUGAGUUGCAUUUCAAUUA